UUAAAGACGUAUUGGUCAUUCAACUCUUCCUAGUUGUCGAAAAAAACUUAAUCAUGCAGGUUUAUAUCAUCCUGGGGCUCUGCGCCCUUGCUGCUGCCCAGUUCAAACCAGUGGACAUCAUCAACAACAUCCUUGGCUGGAACAGUGACAGAAUUCAUGGCUGGAGCUUUGAGUUCCACAAGACCCAUGAUCUGCUCCUGGUGAGGAGUUCUAACGCCUGUUAUCUGAUACAUGUUGACAACGACAUCGAGAAGCUCCUGGAUAGCAAGGACAGCAGGGAAAAAUACGAGGACCAGAUCUACCAGCAGAUCCAAGCCCACACUGGCGAGAGCAAGAGCAGCCUCAGCGAGCUCCGCACCAAAUACCACGACAUCCGCUCCGUCGCCGAGUGCUUCAGGCACUCCGUCUACGACCUGACCCCCAGCUCCAGCUCCAGCUCCUAAGUGGUGCCACAGAGGUUUUCUUCUUGUCCAGUUGGUUGACACAUUAAAGCUGAUUUCUAUCGGU